CGAAGUCCGAGAGAAGAGAGGAGGACAAUUUAACUUUUUAAUUUUUCAUUUCUUACGGUUUUUGUGUGAAUAUCGUCCCCAUGAUGUGAGUUUUAACCGUCUCUUUUUUUUUUUCAAAUUCCACUCGGCAUGUAAGCGCCAUGGACGGGAUAACCGAAGAACCGUUACUCAUGAUGUUCUACUUCGACAGGGAGCUUUAGUGCGUCAAUUUAACGGUAAUUUCAAACAGUUAAACGAUGUUUCGAUAGAUAUGGCGUCUGUUUUUACCCUCCUUUUCAUCCCCGGAAUAACUGUUGAUAACUGAACGAGAUAGAGACUAACGAAAGGGUGUUUUUGUAUUUAACGUUAAAGCAGAGUCCAGAGUGUCAGUUAAUGAAAUCACAUGCUGCUGAGCCUGAGAGGAGGAGAGCUCUUCUUACUGGUUACCAACGGACAACUUCAACUGGUUACCACUGUCUCCUGCUGGGACCAGUUUAUGGCUUUCCUCCACAUUCACUGUGAAUAGAUAACAACAUGUAUGCAGGACGAAAGAGGAGAAAACCAGCGCAGAAGGGGCUUAAACCAGCCCCACUUGAAGGCGCCAAGUCCAACCCGUCCAAACGCCACCGGGACCGUCUGAACUCGGAGCUGGACCGGCUCGCCAGCCUGCUGCCCUUCCCUGAAGAUGUCAUCUCCAGCCUGGACAAACUGUCCAUCCUGAGGCUCAGCGUCAGCUUCCUUCGCACCAAGAGCUUCUUCUCAGUGGCGCUGAAAAACCGACUGUCCAACGGCAUCAACAAGAGCAGCGAUCACAGCGAUGACAGCCCAACAUCAGGAUCUGUGGAUGGCUGUGUACCUGAGGGGGAACUGCUGCUUCAGGCUCUAAACGGCUUCGUCCUGGUGGUGACAGCCGAGGGAAUCAUCUUCUUCUGCUCUCACACCAUCCAGGAUUACCUCGGCUUUCACCAGACUGAUGUGAUGCACCAGAGUGUGUUUGAGCUGAUCCACACUGAAGACCAGCAGGAGUUCAGGAGGAACCUGCACUGGGCCCUCAACCCCCCUGCUGGGCUGGAACCCCCGAUGGAUUCUUCAACAGAUGGUGAGUCGAUGUCGACCUCUUCCUGCCUGGUGAGCUACAACCCGGACCAGCUUCCACCUGAGAACUCAUCCUUCCUGGAGAGAGGCUUUGUGUGCCGCUUCCGCUGUCUGUUGGACAACUCUUCAGGCUUCCUGGCUCUGAACAUCCAGGGUCGGCUAAAGUUCCUCCACGGUCAAAGCGGUCAACAAUGUGACAACGAUGGGACUUCUCCGCCUCAGCUCGCCCUUUUCGCCAUCGCCACACCCCUCCAGCCCCCAGCCAUCCUAGAAAUCAGGACCAGGAACAUGAUCUUUAGGACCAAACACAAGCUGGACUUCACACCCAUGGCCUGUGAUGCAAAGGGUAAAAUUGUUCUGGGCUACACUGAGGCAGAGCUGAGAGUUCGUGGCUCAGGCUACCAGUUCAUCCAUGCUGCCGACAUGCUGUACUGUGCUGAAAACCACAUCAGAAUGAUAAAGACGGGCGAGAGCGGACUCACAGUCUUCAGGCUGCUCACCAAGGACAACAGAUGGAAGUGGGUCCAGGCCAACGCCAGGCUCGUCUACAAAAACGGGAAGCCGGACUACAUCAUUGCUACCCAGAGGCCUUUAGUAGACGAGGAGGGAGGGGAACACCUGAGGAAGCGAUCGAUGCACCUUCCCUUCACCUUCGCCACCGGGGAGGCGCUGCUCUACCAGACUGGCUAUCCCUUGCACGGCUUCUCUGACUCCACCCAGAGCAAAAGUAAAGGCAGCAAGUCAAAGAAGGGCAAAGCAGACAAGAGCUCCUCUGAUGAGCUGGACCCCAAGUCCCUGUUGGGGGCGCUGAUGAGCCAGGACGAGUCUGUGUAUGUCUGCCAGCCGGACGUAGAACCUAAGAUGUCCUUCCACAGUAGCAUUUUCAGCGAGCAGCAAGGGGAGGGUGAUGUUUUAGGUGGGAUGUUAAAUAGUGAUAACUGGAGUGUUGUCUCUAACGGGGAGAUGGAGAGGUGUAACAACAAAUCAAAUAGUUUUGAUCCACUGCUCGCCACUCUGGACUCCUUGUCUCUGGAGGGAGAGGAGACAUGCUCAAACAACGAGCUCUUUAACGCCCUGGAAACCCUCGGCCUUAAUGCUGAGGACCUAGAACUAUUACUGCUGGAUGAGAGGAUGAUCCAGGUGGAGCUGGACCCCAACCACAUCCCAUCUCUUAAUGACCUCCUUACCAACAAUGAAAUCCUCUCCUACAUCCAUGACUCCCUGGAAAAUGGGACCAGCGAGGAGACACAAAGAGACAGACAGCCAGACUCAUCCCACAGCGUCCUCACACCCUCUCAGUCCGUCCCUCCAGCUCCUCCCAGCAGCAGGACGCCCAUUACCUCGCUGUCACAGCAGAUGCAGCAGCACAUGAAUACAGGGGAAUUAGUUAAAACUCAGAAAAGGCAGACUCAGUCUGUCUCGACGCCAGGAGAAGCUUCGACUGGUGUCCCCAAGGGCCAGUGGAUGACAGAGAACCAGCAUCACCCAAACAACCACACCCAUCAUCAUCCUGCAUUUAAAGCCUCACAGCUUAACGGUGAACAUAAACACCUUCUAGACUUCAGUCAGCAAUGGCAGCUUCAGCAGGACCAGAUCCAGUCCCAGCAGCAGUUAAACAGCCAGAGCUUUUUGCUGCCUGGCUUCCAGAAUCAUCUUGGACUAAAUGGAUCCUACACCCCAAAUGGACACUCAGCCUUUGCACAAAACGUGGAGGUCAGCUACACAAGUUACAACAUCUCAAACACACAUCAUCUGGGUGGUGCACUACCAAACGGUGUCACCACACCAGACUUUACCCACUACCAGGCGGCCAACACGCAGCCCUACGAGCUGCAGGCUCAGCAGAAACACCAGCAGCAGAUGAUGCUGCAGCAGACUCAGGUUCCUCCAUCCUGUUUAUCCCAGGGUCCCAGUCAGAGCUCUACACUGGAGCUGGAGCAGUUACUGGGUCUGUCACAGCCACAGCACAGUCUGCCAUCAUUAGAGGCCUACAGCAUGUUCAACAACACGACACAAGAGUCCGCCCACAGCAAGUUGGAGAAUGGUUGCUUUCUCAGUACCACCAAUGCAGCGUACAUCCGGACGUGUCUGAUGCCCAAUGGGAAUGCCGUUGUCUCUGGAGACAUCCCGGUCUCCUGCCCAGAAGGACUCCCAGCCCUGCAGGACCCUCAGAAAUCUGGAUUUUUCCUCUGAAAGAACUACAGCUAUGUUAGAAGGAAGGUUGAGAAGAGAUGAGAAGGUACAGGUGGAAAAAAGCAAGAAC